CAUUUAUAUUGGCUAUUAGUGUUAAAGAGGUAAAUAUACUCCGCUCACUGGUCACGUUAUCUCCAGCUGUUUUAGAACUUAUACGAAGGUGUGCAAACGGAGUAUGUGACAGUAAAAACUAAAUAGAAGGAUGAAAUGUAAUUGCAUAGUUUUAUUCCGUGAAUUCAUACAAUUCUGAUGGAUAAACUUGAAGAGCUGCUUCCUGGAAUUGAAGAAUUUCUGUGUCAAGACUUGGCGAGAGAAAAGUUGUCGGAGGAAACUGAAAACAAGCGACUGUACUAUCUGGAGAGACUUGAUAUUUUAAAAUUACCUCCAAGUGUCCCCCCACGAUUAAAAGUGCCUGACUUUGGGGCCCCCUUUUCUCCUUCUCCCACAAAAGCCACAAGUGACCUGAAGUCCCCAACACUCAGUCACGACCACUUUCUGUUUGAUUCUCAGGAAAACGACUUUGCUGCACAUCAGAGAGAAAUUUCACGUUCAUUUAUCGCCCCGGAGGAACUAGAGGCUAUAGAGGGAAAGGAGGUAAAAGUGUAUGAUGAUAUUGAUCUGAAUCACCCAGAAGGAGACACACAGAAGGAACACAAUGAAUCCAAAAAUAGUGAUGACACAGAUUUGUAUGAGAUUCCAGUCAUAAAGAAUGCUUCCUCAAAUCUCGAUCAGUCUGCUGAGUCGGGAGGAUACGAAGAAACUAAGUCUCCUGCCCAGGAUGACUACGCCACCACAACUAGUAUCCAAGAAGAACAGUCUCAAGAAACUAUACCACCACCUCUUCCCCCUAGGAGAGAAAAAUCUGAGCCCCCCUCACAAAAAGACCAGUCCAUUUCAGAAAAUACAUUCCCUGUCCGGCCAGAUCCCCCUGAACGCCAGUCCUCCAUUAAAGGAAAUAGACCACCUGACCUCCCUGCCCGUCCCAACCUCCCAACCAAGUCUGAGAUUUACAAUAUGGCAGAAAAGAAAGAUGAGAGAUCUGAAGGGAGUUUAGAUCUGACAGAUGAAGCAGAAUUGACUUCCUAUGAAUCAUGUAAUGAAGAUGACCAAGAGAUUGAGAGCAAACUGAAUAUCAAGCUUCCUAAACCAAUGAAAAAGAAGAAAUCAUCAAAACCUAAGAUCAGUAGAUCCUCCAAAGAAUGGGAUGUGACAAUUCCAUAUAAAUGCUUGGAGGAUGUUACUCUCUCCGGGGAGCUGAUGUACAAAGGGAAGUUAUCAUGGACAAGGAAGUUGGCUGCUCUUACAGAUGGCAGGAUGGUGUGUUACAAGCCUGAGAAGAGUGAGUCCAAGCCAGCUGUGGUCAUCCAACUGACCGGUUAUGAGGCUUCUUAUCUGGAGAAAGAGAACCGGAAGGGAUUUGAUGUUCGUCUUCUUCAUCCAAGUCUAGAAACUCAUAUGUUCUCUGUAGAUUUUAAAGACUGGGCACAAUUAUGGGUAGAGUACAUGAAUGCAAUGAGUAAAGGCAAACCUCCCCCUGGACAGUACCAACACUUGACCAGAGGUUCCACAUUUAAUGGCACAGAAAAUGGCAGGGUCUAUGGCAGCAAGCCUGAUCUUCGGAAAUCCAUCUCCAACAUCUCCACCGAGAGCAGCAACUCAGACACAGAGUACUCCUCCAUGAAAAGGAAAAGUCGAAGUCUCUUUCAGUUAUUUGUGACAGGAGAGGAAGAGGACAGACACAGAGUAAGCAGGAUGGGGUCCAUUGCAUCUAGAGCAAGCUCAUUCUUUGAAUCCAUUGGAAAGAGCAAGGGCAAGAAAAUGGCUGCCUCCUUGCCAACCAGUAACAGCCUUGGCAACCUGGUGGAGACCGGAAGUGAAACCAACAGCCAACUUGACCUCAUUAUUCCUAAAGAUAACACUGCCUACACAACAAGUUUCAAUAAAAACAUGUGUCAUUCUAUUGAAGAUUUGGUCUGUGAUAGAAAUACUUUGUAUCAAGGUUAUCUGAAUAUCUACAGUAGCUUCAAUAAGAGGAAGUGGGGCAAGCGGUGGUGUGUAGUGCGUGGCAAUGUGUUCGAGUGUUACAGGGUGGAAUCCAGCACUGUGUGUGAGCUACAAUUCCCACUCCGCCCCUGUGUUCUGAAGCAAGCCAUGGAGGAAACAAAGAGUGAACUAGGACUGAUGAUCUCAGAAAAUGAUAAAGAAAAAGUCACUGUUGAGCCCUUAAAUAGAGAGGACAUGGCUUGCUGGCUGCGUGUGUUCAUGAACCAGACGACAACAGAUUUCCUGCCUGACGGACUGAGGGAAUUCUGGGUAGAUGAUGAAUCUCCAUAUCAUGACAUCCAGACAGACAACCUCAGCAGUCCCUUAUCUGAUGUCUUCCCUUACGAUACAGUUGAUGAGAAAACCAUUUUGACUCAUGCUGAUACCACGACCUCGGACCCUGAUGAUUCUGUGAUGUCACAACAAUCUCAUGCUGACCCUGCUAAUGAUAGUGCUAUGUCAAAUCCACGUGUUCCAGGGGAAUUAACUGGAGAACUCUAUACACAAGUGCAAAGAACUUCAAAUGGACUUUUAGAGUCCAGGACUUCUAGCAGUUUAGAUGAGGAAUUCUUUAGUUCUACAGUUGUGAAAACAAAUUUCUGUGGCAAAUCCUCUUCAACUUUAUCCAGAAUCACGAAGUCUUCUCACAACGGUUCAGUUAUGACAAAGACAUUUACACAUUCCUUCAGCACUGGUUUUCUUGGAGUUAAUGACAGCAGUUUGUUCAAUGAGAUUUUGUCAAAGCUCAGUGAAAACCACAGACAUGAAUCAGAGGAGGACUCUGCUGAAAGGACUCCAACUGACACUGCAUAUAACAGUGCAGCAGGCUCAGAAAAUAGUUCAUUAGAACGCAAAAAUAAGUUCGAGACAGACUCUUCAAGUCAUUGUUCUACAGUAAAGGACUACGGGUCUUCCUGUGAUGAGCUAGACAACCAAACUCCACAUAGCAACAUGGAAUAUCAAAUCUCAAUAGAAAAUAUGAAUUCAAAUGAAAAGGAACAAAAUAGGAAUGUUCAGAAUACUUGGAAUGGAUUGGACAAUAGUCCUGGUAUAUCAAAUGCAAUAAUUUCCAGUGUUAGUAAUACUCAGAUAACAGACAGCUACUCCAAAUCGAACAGGGACCAGUGUGAUUCAGCCAUUUUUGAAUCCGACUCCUUCAUGGAUGACUUGUCUUGCGCUAGUCCUGAUGCACUGAAGCGCAAAAUUGAGCAACUACGUACUCAUCUAGUGGAACUCAAACAGCGCAGAAUCUGCCUUAGGGAUCGUAAGCUGUGCUGUGAACCUAGCAUGCAGAAUCUACUGGAACAAGAGUACUCACAACUUGAUGAAGAAUGUCGAACUGUUACAGAAGAAAUUCUGGCAUUGGAGGGAAAAUUAGAGCCAUGAAAAUAUAUAUAUAUUCAUGUAUGGAAUAUUGUCUAUGUACACAAACAUUCCUGUAUCAAUUCCUAUUGUAAAUACUAUUGGGGUAGAAUAUUAUAAUUAAGCAUGCUGCCAGGGGUCCAUUAAAAAGUCUCUACUGUUGGUACGCCUUUAGGGGGUUAUUAGCCUUGUAAUGAUUAAUUUUAUAUUCUGUAAAGUUUAACAUCUGUAAAGUUAAAAUUAUUGUUUUUCAAUAAAAUGGAAAUUGCAGAGGAUUUUUUAUGUUGGGUUAAGAGCAAUCAGUUAUUACAUAUCAAAAUAGUUUUGAUAAGAACACAUACUCUAUAUACAAGUAAAAAAGUUCAGUGAAAAAGAUUAUCUUUAUGGUGUGUAUUGAAUGCAAAAAGUUUACAGAAAUUACUUGAUUAUUUUUUCUUACUGCUAUACAACUCUGUGAUAUAUAAUUCUAAGAACUGAUAUUUUCAGUGAUGAUUGUUAUUGAAUUUUGUGGUAUACAAUUAUGAUAUUGUUGAUAUUUAUGAUCAGUAUCUUGUGAUGACUGUCAAAAUGCCAAAAUAAUAUUUUUUUGUAUAAAAACUAUUUUGGGCUAAUACAUGUAUAUUGAAUUAUGUAUACUUUCAGAAAAUAUGCAAUUUUAAUAAGUUAUACAUAUACUUUGGAAUACCAAUGGUUGUGAAAUUGUGAUGUCAGAGACAAUAUGCACUGCAUCAGCCAAAAAUCAUGUAGUUGUACAAGUUUUCUUCCUGAUCAGUCUUGUAUUUUACAGAUAUUUUAUUACUUUGUGCUUUCAAGGUUGUGAAGUGCUUUGUAUUUUAUGACAAGAAUGAAGACAAUUAUUUUUAAUAGACAUUUCUGUAUAUAAAUGGCUCUAAAUUUGCAGAUUUAUCUGUAAUCAGAAUUUUGCCCUGAAUUCUAACCGAAUUAUGUUCAGAACAAAUACUAUAUUUUCUUGGCUUAACUUCGGAAAAUGUGGAAGUUUAAGGGAUUAUUAAAUAAGGAAGUGGAAACCCAAACAGAAAUGCGUAUCACAUAGUCAAACCAAGAUUUUAUUUCAUAUACUGUAUUCAGAAAGGUUGAAAUGAUGCAAAAGAAUUUAGAAACAGGAACAGAGAAAUGGAAAUGACACUGUGCUAAAAUUUAACAAUAGUCAGUGCUUUAUAGUUGUAUACUUAUCAUGGAAAAUACUGAAUUUCAAACAUUUAUAAAAACAUUUUGAACUUGUAACAGUUUCAAAUUGAAAUGAAAGCAAUGUCUUAGCUUAACAGAAGGAUGUGUUUAUCAGAUAGAGUUAUCUUUUUGUUUCAAACUAUUUAAAAUACUCAAGAAAUUUGAAAUUAUUUUGUUUCCUCAACAGAUACGAUUCCUUGCAGUGGUUUCAUUAUUAUCAACAUCUUCCUGUUGUUGGGAAACAAAAGCCCCACAUCUAAAUAGCUGUCAAUUUUAAAUCAAUAUUAUUAUAGGACUUCAUUUUGUACAUUAUCUAUGAAAUAUAUGAGAGCAUUUCAAGAAAUUUAUAACAGAAUAAGUGUUCAAAGAUUGUGUUCUGCCACUUGAUAUGCACAUGUAAUAUACAUUAAAAUGUGAAAUUUU